CCUAAAAAGCAGAAAGCAUGCUAGUUAUCAUAGCAACUUAAAGAUUGAGAUGUGCAAAUGUGUGCGUUUUAGCUGAAUUUGUUGAGACCCAGUCAGCGUGUACUCUGAAAUGACUUAAGGAAAAGGCGGCUGUACACUAGCUUAUAGGGGGAAUUUAAAGAAUCCGCAGAAGAUGAUAGAACCAGAGCUACUGACCGAGGUCCCUGCAGCACUGAAGCGGCUAGCCAAGCAGGUUGUAAGGGGUUUCUAUGGAGUGGAGCAUGCCUUGGCCCUGGAUGUGCUGAUCCGUAAUCCAUGUGUACGUGAGGAGGACAUGCUGGAGCUGCUCAAGUUUGACCGUAAACAGCUGCGCUCAGUACUCAACACCUUGAAGGCAGACAAGUUUGUCAAGUGCCGCAUGAGGGUGGAGACAGCCCCUGAUGGCAAGACAACACGACACAACUACUACUUCAUCAACUACAGGGUACUGGUCAAUGUGGUCAAGUAUAAAUUGGAUCACAUGCGACGACGCAUUGAGACAGAUGAGCGAGACUCGACCAACCGUGCUUCCUUCCGGUGCCCUUGCUGCUUCUCCACCUUCACUGACCUAGAAGCCAACCAGCUGUUUGACCCUAUGACAGGUACAUUUCGCUGCACCUUCUGCCAGACGGAGGUAGAAGAGGACGAGUCUGUCUGUCCUGAUGCCAGGACGCUGGUGGCGCGCUUCAAUGAGCAGAUUGAACCCAUCUAUGCGCUGCUACGUGAGACCGAAGAUGUCAACUUGUCCCAUGACCUGCUUGAACCCGAGCCUGCUGAGAUCCCUGCUCUCAAACAGAGCCGUGAACGUGCUGCAGCAUCUGGAGCAAACUCUGCAAUCGGCCCACACCGUGAGGCCUGGUCUAAUAAAGGCUCAUCCUACGCUGACCUGUACACCCAGAAUGUGGUUAUCAGCAUGGAGGAGCAGGAGGACCAACAGAAGCAGGCCAAUGAGGGCAAGGCACCUAAGGAGAGACCUGUCUGGUUGACCCAGAGCACUGUGCAGGGUGCUUACAGCGAGCCUGACAUCCUCAAGAACCGUGGAGACAUUUUACCCGAGGUCCAGGAUGGAGCAGCUGGUCAAGGAGUUGGUCAGGCUGAUGAAAAUGAGGAGGUGAUGCGCGCUCUGCUCAUCCAUGAGAAGAGGGGUGCGGCAGGAGCAGGCGGAGGCGGAGCAAGUGCUGCUGCCAGGGGACUCGCCUCGGCCACAGCUAAUGCCAGCGACUCAGAGAGCGACACUAGCGAAUCGGAUGACGACUUUCCCUUAGGUCCUCCCCCUGCCGCAGCUGCUCAGCAUCGGGCUGACGAGGAAGAGGAAGAGGACGAUGAUGAGUUUGAGGAGGUGGGGGAUGAGCCAGUGGUGAUGGUGGGAGGUCGGCCAUUCUCAUACCGAGAGGUGAGCCAGAGGCCAGAGCUGGUGGAGCAGAUGUCUGCGCAGGAAAAAGAGGCCUACAUUGAAAUGGGACAAAACCUCUUCCAGGACAUGUACUUCUGAAUACACACAUACAUUUACACCUAUACACUAUUUCCUGAAUAUAUACUUCUGCUGUUUCACACUGUCAGUGGUGUUAUCAGAGGAAGUGUUUAAGGAUACAACGUAUCGAGAGGAAACAAGAUGCUGCUCAACAAGUAUUGACAGUCAGCUUCAUGCCCCUGCAUUGUAAGGACAAAGAACAUGCUUUGACAGUGUUGCCUAAGUGAUCACACUUGAAGUAUUCUGUCUGAAGUAUUUUUGAAACCAAAAGGGAGCUGGUUAGCUGCAGUUGGUGCACAAAGUGUUAAUUAGUUUUUUGUUGGUCUGUUUUUUUUUUU